AGCGCCGGACCGCUCUGUCCCUCUUGUAUUAUCUUCCGGCUCUGACACAAGUGGGCUGUCAGUUAUGAAAUGGGUUCGAGGCCGAACAGGACGUCGCUUCGCGUGAACCUCGUGCACUUUGUUUAAUUCUUCUGGAAGUUCGGUGUCGUGGUGACGGAGAAGUUUGAAGAUGCACAGGCAGGUUUUAUGUCACCGCAGCGCCGCGGCCGUCGCUGCCCGGAGGAUGCGCACCAUCGUGGGGUCGGUGCUGGGACGAGACUCCUGGAUGUGGAGAACUCAUGAGGUGAAACUUCUCAACACGUCCUCAGGAGACACAGUAAAGAUCGGAGAAAUCUCCUACAAACUCAAAAUACCUCGGAAUCCAGAGCUUGUUCCUGUCAAACACAUUACAGACUCCCUACCUCAGACAGUGGCUCAGCACCUGCGAUGGAUCAUGCAGAAAGACCUUUUGGGACAGGAUGUGUUUCUCAUUGGUCCCCCAGGACCCCUGAGACGAUCCAUAGCCAUGCAAUACCUCGAAUUGACAAAACGGGAAGUCGAGUAUGUCGCUCUGUCCAGAGACACCACAGAGACAGACCUGAAACAGAGGAGAGAGAUCCGCUCAGGGACGGCCUUCUACAUAGACCAGUGUGCUGUGAGGGCAGCAACUCAAGGCCGAGUCCUGGUCCUGGAGGGGCUAGAGAAGGCCGAGAGGAAUGUUCUGCCGGUCCUCAACAACCUGCUGGAGAACCGAGAGAUGCAGCUGGAGGACGGACGCUUCCUGAUGUCGUCUGAGCGUUAUGACAAGCUGCUGCAGGAGCACACCAAAGAGGAGCUGGACAGCUGGAAGAUUGUGCGUGUGAGUGAGGACUUUCGGGUCAUCGCUCUUGGUCUUCCGGUUCCCAAGUACAAGGGCAACCCGCUGGAUCCUCCUCUCCGCUCUCGCUUCCAGGCCAGAGACAUCUACCACCUGCCGUUCAAGGACCAGUUGGAGUUGUUAUAUACAGUGGGACCAAACAUUGCUGCAGAAAGGGUCUCCCAGCUGCUCUCGCUCGCCACGACACUGUGCUCCCAGGAAUCAUCCGACCUGGGCCUUCCUGACUUCCCUGUGGACAACCUGCUCCCUGCUCUCCACGUGCUGAACGCCGUCCCUAUGUUGUCCUCCCAGCAGUUAGUCCAGAGACUUUACCCCUACGCCAGUAUUUUGGGAAAAGAUGGACGCAGCGCUGUAGAGGGCGUUCUCGGUAGAUUUGAGCUCUUGGACGGUCGCCGUGCGCCAGCGCCUGGUGCUCUAAAGAGUGUGUCAGUGACGAGGGAGAGUGAGGGUCGUGCAGAUGUCACAUUACACGUCAAGGACAAAGACAUCACGUUUCAGGUUCCAGCAGGGACCAAAGAGCCACGUCCACCAAACAGCAGCCCCAACUUCAUCAGCACACCGAGCCACUCCCAGCUGCUGUCUGAGAUGAUGCAGUCACACAUGGUGAAGGACAUGUGUCUGAUAGGAGCCAAGGGUUGUGGCAAGUCGGUGCUCGCCAGAGAGUUUGCUGAGAUUCUGGGUUACAGCAUCGAACCAGUCAUGCUCUACCAGGACAUGACAGCCCGGGACCUUCUCCAGCAGAGGUACACCCUCCCUAACGGGGACACAGCGUGGAGGCCGUCUCCGCUGGUCACGGCUGCCAUUGAGGGCAAGCUCCUGCUUCUCGAUGGAAUUCACAGGGUUAACCUGGGAACCCUGGCUGUGCUGUCCAGGUUGCUACACGACAGGGAGCUGGAUCUGUAUGACGGGACCAGGCUGCUGAGGUCGGACAGAUACCAGACACUAAAGGAACAACUGCAGCUCAGUGACGAGCAGCUGCAAGAGAGGUCAAUCUUCCCCGUCCACCCGUCCUUCAGGGUGAUGGCCCUGGCGGAGCCCCCUGUCGUAGGGGCCGCUGGAGGCAGCAGCAGCAGUGGAGGUCAGCAGUGGUUGGGCCCAGAGCUGCUCACGAUGUUCCUCUACCAUAGUGUCACCCCGAUGGCCAAAGCAGAGGAGAUGGGCCUCAUACAGGGACUGACGCCGAAUGUUCCAGCGGAGGCAGCGGAGCAGCUGCUGCUCCUCACACACAGCCUCCGCAAGACCAACGAUCCCACAGCACAGUCUCUGGCCUCUUCUCUCUCCACCAGACAGCUGUUGAGGAUCUGUCGUCGUCUCUCUCAGUAUCCUGAGGAGAGCAUCGCUCACGCAGUCAACAAGGCUUGUCUCUCCAGGUUCCUGCCCAGCCUGGCCCGAGCCUCUCUUGAAAAGAGCCUCGCCAACUGCUCCAUACAGGACAAACCAGAUCCUGCCGAACAAGCUGAGGAUUACAGCUGUGUGGUGAAGGAUGGCGUGUUGACUAUCGGCAACGUGUCCGCUCCCAUCUACAACCCCAGCGAGAAGAUGAAGGUUCCCGAUGUACUUUUUUAUGACAAUCCCCAGCACAUGAAGGUGAUGGAGGACAUGUUGAAAGACUUCCUGUUGGGAGAGCACCUCCUCUUGGUGGGCAACCAGGGAGUGGGUAAGAAUAAAAUAGUGGACCGGUUCCUGCACCUGCUCAACAGGCCCAGAGAAUACCUGCAGCUCCACAGGGACACAACUGUUCAGACUCUGACCCUGCAGCCCUCUGUCCGAGAUGGCAUCAUCACGUAUGAGGACUCCCCCCUGGUGAAGGCAGUGAAGAUGGGUCACAUCUUAGUGAUCGACGAGGCCGACAAAGCUCCGACGAACGUCACCUGCAUCCUCAAAACCCUGGUGGAGAGCGGAGAGAUGAUUCUGGCCGAUGGACGCAGAAUCAUCUCAGAUCCACGUGAAGCCAAGGGGAGGCCCAACACCAUCGUCAUGCACCCAGACUUCAGGAUGCUGGUGCUGGCUAACAGACCUGGCUUUCCUUUCCUGGGCAACGACUUCUUUGGAGCUUUAGGUGACAUCUUUAGCUGCCAUGCUGUGGACAAUCCAAAACCUCAGGCUGAGCUGGCGAUGCUGAAGCAGUACGGCCCUGACGUUCCCGAUGCCACUCUGCAGAAACUGGUGGCUGCGUUCGGAGAGCUGAGGUCCAUGGCCGACCAGGGCACCAUCACUUACCCCUAUUCCACUCGAGAGGUGGUCAACAUCGUCAAACACCUUCAGAAAUUCCCUGGCGAGGGUUUGGCCAACGUGGUGCGAAACGUCUUCGACUUCGACUCGUACAACAAAGACACGCGAGAGAUUCUGAUCGAAGCGCUGCACAAGCACGGGAUUCCCAUCGGAGCCAAGCCCACCUCCGUCAAACUGGCUAAGGAGUAAGACAUCAGUUAACUCUUUUAUUCAGUGAUGGACUGAUGAGAUUUUGUUGUCUCUCCAUCCCGCUGCUGUCGGAGGUCGACUAAUUGUUCCUCCAGAGAGGACGGGUACUAUCGACGGCCACUGAUUCUGUCGAACGCUCUUAGACAUCGAACAUCAAUAGAAUUCUUAUUUUUCUCUGUAGACUGAACCCGUUGUCAUGGUAACACUAGAAAUCUAUCGGAGGCUUCUCAUUAAUUAUAUGAAAGCGCUGUCACUGCGACAUGUUUUAAAAAUAUCAGAAGCUUUUGAUGCGUCUGUUUUUAUGUGAUUAUGAUCUAAGACAAACAUUCAAUUUAACAACACAGACUCAGAAUGGACGCUACAUUUUUUUAAACUGAAUUUUAACUUUUUUUUUCCAGUUUGUCGUUAUUGUGUUUAUUUGACAACAUUAAAAGUACAAAGCAGCUUCUGAGGGGUGAGUGUUUCUGGGUAGAGGGUCUCCUCUGAUGGGAGAUCCCUUAUAGAACAUUUACUGAUUUAAAUCCUGAAAAGCUUGAAAGCAGCUGACAACUGAAACUGAGGCUUCCAUGAAGUCUCCGCGCUGCUUCCUGAAGUGUUAAAUUGAUCUCUGCAGCUCAUUACUCACAUUACCUCACCUUUCCUGCCAAAGGGAAAGAUAAUAUUCUAAAUACCCACUACGUUGUCUCAUCAUGUGCUGCUGAUAAAUAAAGGAAAAUAUUUGUUU